AUGUCUGGAGAGUUUCCGAACCUCUUCCCUGUGUCCCAUAACCGCUCCUACGUCGGCGGCGGUGACAUACACUUUGUGAACGACGCUAUCGAGUACUCGCAUGCUUGCUACGCCUACCAGCCAUCUGAGUACGGGAACAAUGGUUUUACGGGUCAUGGUUCCUUCAGCGCAGGCUCAUCGACGACCGUUCUUCAUCCUGGCGCGUCAAGCAUGUCUGAUGCCAGCAGAAGUACUCCACAGGACACUGCUUUGUUGGACAGUUCUAUUGGACACGGUCCGCAUGCAAGUGGACGCUCGUCUUUACAAUUACAUUGCGAUCUAUCACACCUACCCCCGCACCCUCUUGGGAACGAUCAGGCCGUGGAACCCAUGUCUGCUUCAUCAUCCACAUCAGAGGCAAAGCCCCGUAGAUCGUCAGCCGCUCCAGAGAAACGUACGGGAAAGUCUCGAAGAGAGAAGCUCAAACUAGAGCUUGCUCCUGAUCAGCCUCUAACGACACAGGGUAAGCCCCGAACUAGGGUUUAUGUAGCUUGCGUUCAGUGCCGAAGCCGGAAGAUACGUUGCGACGGUGCUAAGCCUGUGUGCCACAAUUGCAGUCGUCGUACCUCUGGCGACGCCUGCUCGUACGAUGUCGCGCCUAAGCGCCGAGGUCCGGAUAAGACACCAGGAGCGCGACAAAGAACUGCGGGGAUGGCCAACACUGAUGGCGAGCGGCCUCGCAGACGACGAAGAACGACAGCCGAGCCGGUCGAUACAAAAGAGUCAUCUUUCGGUGAUUUCGCUGAGACGAGUCGGGGACCAGGUCUGCUAUCUGCGCCGCCACAUCAUAUAUCAUUAAGCCCCCGUACACCAUCGCCACAAUUUCACGGUGGAGACUUCCAGGACGUUCACGCAACGUCAAAUAUGCUUAAUCAGGACCUCACCCCCAUUUCUAUCUCUACUCCCACUGAGAUUCACAUGCCCAUGCAUCAACAUUCGCUGUCACAUCCAUCUUUGUCCUUUCACAAGCCACACGACGACCCGUCGUAUACACAGAGUGAGCUUCAGUACGAGACGGUCCCAUUCGAGUACGCGGUUUCCACAUUGGGCCCCACGUAUUCUACUGCAGGCUCAGACUCACUCGUUACCCACUCUCAGGAUGAGCAGGAUGAUGCAAUACAUGUCAAGGCAGAAUUACCUUCGGAACCAUCCCUCAGGUACGCUAGAGACACCUGGUGGGACGUACUUUUAGGUCUUUAUGCAACGUCAUACGAUCACCCCCAUGGUCAGCCAUUUCAUCUCACGCCGGGGGCACGACACGCAGCUACCCAACAAGUCCACGCAGAUCUCCGUUUCCUCCUCCGCUAUUCCUCGUAUUGGUUAUCUUUUAUUAAUAUCCCGCGGUUAUUGCGGCGAUUGCGUGACCCGGAGAGUCGAUGUAGUUUGCAGCCAAGCUUUGUUUGGUCGGUGCUUGCGCUCGCUACGUUUUUACAGAGUUCGGACGGUGGGCACGGUGCAGGAGCUCACGGGCGGGAUAGAGCGCUCAAACUGAAGGAGGAGGCGCAAUGUGCGCUAGAAGCGAGUCUUACUGCUAGCUGGGUUGACGACAAUCUGGCACAAGCGAGCUGGAUGAUUGCUUUCUUCGAAGUAUGCACUCAUCCCUUGCACGCCACCCAGCGAGUGCGCUCUUCUUUGUCCAUGCUAGACUCGCUGCUUCGUUAUCUCUCACUGGCGACCGUGGACCGCAACGAUCCUCGCGUAACCGUUUUUCCCCCUCGCUGUGCACCAGUAAUUGCUGCAGCUUCAGAAGUACACCACCGGGAUAGCCAGGAAUUUUAUGUUGUCCAGCAUUCGACUCGUACGUCACCAUCGUCUCAAGAUCCAUGUUGGUGCGCGUCGUAUACGUUCGGUCAGAUGUCCCCUAGUGGGAUGGAGCUUGCGCCUCUGUGGAGCCAUACGCCUGCAUGGAUAAACUCCUGGACGGAGGGCGAGAUACAGAAAGAGGAGUGUCGCAGGCUGGUAUGGAGUAGCGUGAUGCUCAUCGCAGGCUACACAUCAUAUAAUGUUGCGGCAAGCAUGCCACAAAUCGAGCUGUUCGCUAUGGACCCUGCUAACUAUGCGGUCCUGUUCCCAGGUGAAUCCCUUAUGUCGUCUAGUAACUUUUCACCAAAAGAAUCGGUAUGGGCCCUUUAUAUGCGCUCCCUGCUGCUUUGGAACAGUUGUGUACGAAUGUACAACGACUUGUCCGUGAGCGAUGCAGAGAAGGGCCGAUUCGUAGCCGAUACUUGGCAGGAAAUUGAUACGAUUGAACAAUUAUUAAGUCGACAUAAGUGCAACAUCGAGCGAACGUUCAUGUUCGUGAGCCGUGAUUAUCUUUUUAUCACUCGUUUAUAUAUUUACCGUGAAGCACAACGGUUCGCCCCUCAUCUUGGAGUAAACGCACACACUAUCCGUCAAAAAGCCGAAGAAUGGUUAACUCACCACAACUCUAUGGCAAAGCGUACAAUGUAUGGUCUACACACAGUGACCGGGCAACCGACAAGCAGUCUUUCCGGCCGACCUUUCUACUUCUGGUGGUUUUUGGGUCAUGUCUUUAGGAGCAUUUCGACUUUGGUAUCGCCGUCUCGUCAUGUACAAUCGUUGGUCGAUCUUCUUCUACGUGCUGCCCCACUCAAGAACCGUCCUGAGAAUGAACGAUUACAAGCCGAUGAACUGUACAGAACUGGUCUUCCUCUUCGGAUACCCUCCCCAAGACAAGCCUCCCCAGAGCCAACAGUCACUCAGCGAAACGCGAACUAUGUUCAUCCGUGCCCUCAUUGCACUCCAGAUAAUUCCUAUGGUUGGAGGUGUCCUCAACCCAUCGUAGAUCCGGAUGUAGACCCAGACAAUGCUUUCCAUGCAGACGAUGGGACACCUCCCGGACAUGCAUAUUGCGGCAAUUGCGAGAACAUUCUUGGAUUGCAAGCCCCUUCUACUACAAAAUGCGACAUGUGUCAAGUGUCGUUCUGUGGCGUUGGUGUCCCUUCACGUUGUGUGGCUGCCCCCCUGAUCACGCAACACCCUCACGGACUAUCUGAUCUUGGCGACCUCAUUCAAUGUGGGGAAAUAUACGACUGUUUUGAUGGAAAUACCGUAGAAGUCGACAUCAUGCUUGACUAUCUGACCUUCCAUUCACUUACACCCAGACACAUCUACCGGGAGAUUGUACUUCACCUCCUGCGACAACCUAGGCAGUUCGCGCCUUUGAUUGAAUUAGAUCUUUUUAUGGACGUUCACAACGUCGCAGGUGGUACCGAUCCAGACCCUACUGCGCCUAGACACAGAAUAUGUCGUGUGUGCGCCACUGAGGUGCUUCUAUGGGGUUUGCGCGACUGGUGGAUACGAGAGAGGAGGAAGGGUCUGUUGGAAGAAUGGGUUACCAAGCGACCAGAUUGUCCGGAUGGAAGCGGAUGCACCAGACAAAAGGAUCACAGCCACGCCAAGGAAUUAAACCAUAUGAUCAUCCCGCCAGAUGUUCAUUCUGAUGCUUCAGGGGAUGACUUGCAACACAGAUAUCAAGGUUCAUCACGAUUAGCACACGGUAUACCCAUCCCGAAUUUGGUCCCGCCUCCACCUGCGAUGUUGGAGAGCGAUCCGGAUGCUUAUCAUGAACUUGAAUAUGAGGUGCGAAGGCUCGCGAGCAUGACCGAUCGGUCCUCGCAAGAUCGUGUGGAUUCGCUGUUAUGA